AUGGGAUUUGUGAUUCUGCCAGGUGAAUCUCCUAUUUGUAGGCUUGACCUGUUGCUUGGCAGUAGGUGUUAUAUUUCUUUUUGCGGGGAUGGUUUCAUGUUGAUACUCUAUUGGGGUACUGAGGUGUGGUUCAUGAUUGCCAUGGAGGAUGACUUAGUUUGUGGAUUGAUUUACUGGUCUGUGUGUGGGCAGAGGUUCUGGUCUAGUGGUUUUGCUUGGCAUUAUGCCUUUGACUGGAAGAUUACUGUUACUCCAGGACCAGUCCAGUAUGCCUAUUGCAAGGAUAAAAAGGAUGUUAAUAGAGGAGAUAGGGGCUAUGAAUGGUUGUUGGAUGUGGCAGCUGGUGCAAAAGCGAAAGGGGGCAGAAGAGUAGUAGAGGAUGAAAGAGAGAUACCUCAGGAUCGUUCUCUUUCUUCUUGUUCUUGUCCUGGUCUUUCUUUGGCGAGGGAGAGACCUUGUGGACCUUCUAAUACUUAUUCUGCUCGACCAUUGUUGGGCGGUUCAUCGGAUUUACUUUGA